UCUCUCUCUCUCUCUCUCUCUCUCUCUCUCUCUCUCUCUCUCUCUCUCUCUCUCUCUCCCCCCCCCCGGUCACUCGCUCUGCCUCCUCUCCGUCGUGUCACUGGAGACACACACAAAAAAACAGAAGAGGAAGGAAUAUGGUUUCAUGUGACGCUCCUCCCGUUUCAGCGCGGCUCUAGCGGAUCUGUGGAGCAGGAGGCUGGAGCUCGGUCCGGCACGAACCCUCCUCUGUACCUGGAUCCAGCGACCCUGCCCCCCCACCCCGUCCUGCAGGAGCACCCGCCGCACACCGGGACACAUCAAUGGUGGAGGCCGUGGUGGAGUUCGACUAUGAGGCUCAGCAGGACGACGAGUUGGGCCUGACGGUGGGUGACAUCAUCGUGAACAUACGGCGGGACGAUGGCGGAUGGUGGGAGGGAGAGCUGGGCGGACGCAGGGGGCUGUUCCCGGACAACUUUGUCAGGGAGAUAAAGAAAGAGGCGAAGAGGGAUGGAGGACAGGCGAGCAUGAUCCGGUCUGACCUGGCGAAUGGCCGGGCCAGCCCCGUGUCCGACCCCGGCGUGCGGCCGGGCAGGAAAGGAGAGCAAAUCCGUAAGCGGAGGUGUAAAGCUGCGUUCAGCUACGUUCCUCAGCACGAGGACGAGCUGGAGUUGAAAAUCGGAGACGUCAUUGACAUCAUUACAGAGGUGGAGGAGGGAUGGUGGGAGGGGCAUCUUCACGGCAAGACUGGGAUGUUUCCCUCCAAUUUCACCAGAGUGGUCCAGGCGGAGUCCGACACAGACACGCCCACCUCGCAGGAGGAUCUCCGCAGCGGUCGCUCGAGUAAAGACAGUCCAGGCAGUGAGAGUGACGGAGGAGACAGUCGGUCGGAAACAGGGUCGGGAGAAAUCGUGCCAAAGAAGGUCCGAGGGUUUGGAUUCGGUGACAUCUUCAAAGACCAGCCCAUCAAGCUCAGACCUCGCUCCAUGGACAUCGACUCGGAGGGCGACAAGGUCACCGAGGGGAAAGCAGCGAGUGUCGCCCCUGAAACCAUGAAGACAGAACCUGACAACAAAACUAAAGGGCGGGAGCAGUGUAAGGUUCUCUUCCCGUACGAAGGACAAAAUGAAGACGAGCUGUCGAUCAAAGAGGGAGAGAUCGUCAACAUCAUCACCAAGGAGUGUGCGGAUGCAGGCUGGUGGAUGGGGGAGAUCGGGGGGAGGCAGGGCGUCUUCCCGGACAACUUUGUGAAGCUGCUGGAGUUGGAGAAGGAGAGACCCAGGAAGCCGCCGCCCCCCAGCGCACCUUCAGCCAAAAACACCACAGAGAAAAAGCUGGAGGUCAGGAAGGUUCCUCCUGAGCGUCCAGAACAUCUGCCACAGAGAGACCAGGAGCGAGGUGAAGAGGUGAAGGUCGGAGACAUCCCCAAGCCCUCCCUCCCAUCCCAUCUUCCCAAGAAACCCCUCCCCCCAAAGACAAGCUCCUCCUCUUCCUCCCUACCCCCGCGGCGUCCUGAGCGACCCCCUCCUGUAGCGUGUGAAAGCCCCAAGUCAGAGGGCGGGGCUUCGCCACCAGAUUCUGCCCCUGACAGGUCACAUGAGACCGAUGUGGACCUGGACGCGGUGCUUCCAUCUGCGGAGAAGCUGAGUCAUCCCACGGUGACGCGGCCGAGAGUGACGGACCGCCGGCCUCGAUCCCAGAUCAUCUCGGCUUCUUCUCUGUCCAGUAUCGACCUGGACCCCCCCGCAGCGGAGAACAGGAAGGAGAGGGAGAGAGGGAAGGACGAGCCGGAGCCUGUUCCCGUCCGAUCUGUGGACGUGAUCCUGAGAAAAGGAAUUCCCCCCGUCCCCACCCCUGACGGUAAAGCACCGCUGCCCCCCAAGCCCUCCAUCCUGACCCCCCCGAGCACCGCCCUGCGCCCCAUCUCCCCGUCUUCCUCCUCGGGACUGAGCCCCUCCCCCGAGCUGCGGCACUCGCCCCUGACCCCCCCGACGGUGGAGGAGCUCAGGAACCAGCUGAGAGACCUGAGGACCUCCGUAGAACUGCUGAAGAGCCAGCACAGGCAGGAGAUGAAGCAGUUGUCCAGUGCGCUGGACGAGGAGAAGAAGAUUCGUCUCAGUUUACAGAUGGAGGUAGAGCACAUAAAGAAGAACCUGUUGAAAUAACGACCGAAGCUUCCCUCCGAUCCGAUCUCCACGUCGGAGGCCUCGUGUUUCUAAAGAUCUUUUCACCGCUGGUCGAGACACUUUGGCCGAGAAAACGUUUGUGCCAACCGAUCAUCACGAUCACCAUCAGCAACCAAUCAGCACCAUGGAAUCAGCCACCUCCCUCCUCCACAUGCCUUAUCCUGCGUUUACGUCUUUUAUUUUAAUUUUUUUAAAGGCUUCUAUGUCUGGUUUACCGUUAUCCUCGCCUGGUACUUUUUGUUUUCUGCGAGCGAAGGAAAGUCGGGACUGGACAGCCGGAGCCCGGAGGUGCAGACGACCCCCCCCGAGCCGUCCUGUCUCCACUCUGUGGCCUUUGCCUCGUGUGUGUGUGUGUGUGUGUGUGUCUCUUUUGUUGUUUUCCAAUCUGUGUGAGGACAGAUGCGUUAGACCUGCUCGAUGACGUCAUGUGACCUCAACAGCCUGGAUAACGCUUUCUGAUUUCAGGGUAAAUCCCAAAUUGAAGCACAUAAUUUAGCAUCAGUAUUAAACACAAACACUUUCUGCACAUUGUGUGUUUGAUGCUUCUGUUGUACACUGCAGGCAGGUCACUGUGAAGCAUCGCACAUCGACAACACAGGCGUCCCUUCUCUUCCCCUUUAGUGUCAUAAUAAACAUUGAGUUUGAAAACUACAAGCAUGAUUCAAUAAGUACAAGUACUGACGCUGUAGGUGCUAUUUAAAUGAGUAGUUUGUCAUUCCGGGGGAAAAUACUUUUGUACUUUCUCAAAGCACAGUGAGAAAAGUAAACUGAUUCCACUUUAAUGUCUGGAAAAUGAAGGAAACAUCUUGAUUCUGUCCAAACGAGACAACAGCCGACUACGUCUCCUCCAAAACUCAACUUGAUGUUUUACGGUGAAGCAAACUUUUCCGUGACUUACUUCUUCGGACGACUUUCGGGAAUUGAGAUAAUAAAGUUUGUAAAAAAACAAAUUAACUUCCCAAGAAAAACUAGACGCUUCCAGCCACAGAAUCUUGUCCCUCAGCCUCAGAUUCUGUAAAAAUCACGUGAACGGAAUCUGUUUAUAGAGAUUACAAGAAAUUGUCCCGUGCAUUUCACCGUGUAAAUCCUCAAACUCUUACUUUUAUACUUAAAAAUAUACUUUAUAUAUAUAUAUAAAAGAAAAGCAGAGAACAAUGUUUUAUUACCGGACUGAGCCCGACUUCAAAUUUAGAUUCAAGAAAAGCACACGUCACUCUACGCGAACAUGCUGAUCUAUGUUUUACAACUCAAGAGUAUCACCUGGACCAAAACUAUUAUUAAAAAUCCUUUUUGCUUUGUUUUGCUUUUGCACUUUUUCUAUUAUAAAAACAUCUGAGCCGAUCACAUCUCGUCCCACAACUCCGACCUGGAGCCUCCUGAUGUUCAACAGCAGCUGGAGAUUAAAGUUAAGAACAGUGUUUCAGGAAAUGUGGUGAAAUCUCCUCACAGGUCAAGGAAGAUGGACACGUGUGUGUGUGUGUGUGGUAACGUGUGUGUGUACGACUGUUUGCCUCCCGUUCAUAUGUGUACGUGCACAGAGUCUAUGGCAACCCGUCACUGUGGCCUUCCUGCUUAACUCCAAAUCUUUCUUUCUUUCUUUCUUUCUAUUUCUUUCUGUCGUACGACAACGAGAAAACUGCUACAACUGAGGCUACAAGUUGUUUUCUCGACUUGGUCCUGUUUCUCCAAGAUAGUGAUAAAUAUAUAUACUUUUAUAUUUCAGUGUAAUAAAGAUGCUAUUAUGUACUGUA